AUGGAGACAGCUGAAACCAAUGCGAAUAUUGCCGUAGGAGAUCACCGAGAUCUCCUAGAUAUCAUCGAUAAGCUUCGUCUGCAGGGAGUCAGUCAUUAUGUUGACCUGCCCGAAAUUAUUGUGUGUGGAGAUCAGUCUGCAGGAAAGAGCUCUGUCCUCGAGGCCGUCUCCGGUAUGCAAUUCCCGAUCAAGGACGGCCUCUGUACGCGUUUCGCCACGGAGCUGGUUCUUCGCCGGGGCCGCAACAAGAGUACCAAGGUAUCCAUUACGCCUGGUAAGAGCCGCUUUGGUGAAGACAGUCUACGCCUUGAGAAUUGGAGACCAACCGCCAGUAUCGAUGAAGAGGGUCUGGGCGCCGUGACGAAGGAGGCAGAGGCUAUGAUGGCCAUCCCAACCGGCACAGGGGAGUUCUACGAAGAUACACUCCGUGUCGAGCUCAGUGGGCCGGAACAGCCACACCUAACAAUGGUGGACCUCCCUGGACUCUUCAGAGGAGGGAACAAGAAUCAAUCUGACGCCGAUAUCAGCAUUGUCCAUGAUAUGGUGGAGAGGUAUAUGGCGCGAGAACGGAGUAUCAUACUCACUGUCGUGUCUGCCAAGUACGACUAUGUUCUGCAAGAAGUUACUCGGAUGGCCAAGAAAGCUGACCCAGAGGGCUUGAGGACCAUGGGCCUCAUCACAAAGCCGGACACGUUGGAUGUUGGCUCUCAGUCUGAACACUACUUUGUCCGCCUAGCCCAGAAUAUCGAGGAAGAGCUUAACCUUGGUUGGCAUGUUUUGAAAAACCGCAAUUACGACGAGCGCGAUGUCACAUUGGCACAGAGGAACAAAAAGGAAAAAGAGUUCCUUUCCCAAGGACUGUGGAGUUCCAUCGAGUCUUCUCACUGCGGAGUAGAGUCCUUGAAGGUCAGGUUGAGUAACGUCUUGAGAGACCAAAUUCUUGAUCAACUUCCGAGUCUUCAACAAGAUGUUGAGAACGGCAUCCGCAACUGCGUUGAGAGACUCGAACGUCUAGGGCCAUUAAGAGGCACCCCACAGCAGCAACGAAGCUACCUUUUGCGUGUGAGUGAAAAUUACACACUUUUGAUGAGGCAGGCAGUGGAUGGCACUUACACUGAUCGCUUCUUCGGUGACCGAAACGAACGUGCCAGUCUUUCCACAAGACUGAGAGCUGUGGUCCGCUUGAGACUUGACGAAUUUGCUGAGGAGAUGCGGGUCGACGGUCAGAGUCAACAUAUCAUUGAUUCAGCGAGUGAAAGUGACGAUGAAAACCCUAACAACUCCCGACCCAGAGCGUCAAGCAUUUCUCGGUCUGAAUUCAUUAGCGAAGUUGCUUACCGUCUCAAAUACUAUAGAGGUCGCGAGCUUCCAGGUCUCUUUAAUCCUCUGAUCGUCAAUGACCUCUUCGUCGAGCAAUGCGCGCCUUGGAGGAGGAUUGCCAAGACACUUGCUGAGGACAUGCUCGACAUAGUGCAUGUUACGACUGAAAAGGUAGUCGAGCAAAGUGCCGCGAGCGAAGUCGCCGAAAGGGUCUUGAGACUCAUUCGUAAAGAAGUAGAUGGCCUAAGAAUCAAAAUGAGCGCCGAGAUUGACACACUGCUUGUAUCGGCCACGCAACAUCCUAUUACGAAUAACCCGCAGCUCGUCCAGCACGUCCAGCAGACCCAAGAAGACCGACACAAACGCACGGUUAAAUCACUGAUUACUAAGAUGUUUGGGACAAGCCGUUUCGACGGCUCUGACAAAAAGAUCAGUAUAAAUCCGCUUGAACUUUUGACACUGGCAGGACAGGGCUUCGAGCCAAACAUGGAGCGUUUCGGAAGCGCCUUAGCAGUAGAUUAUAUGAAAGCAUUUUACAAGGUUGCAGUCAACAGGUUUAUCGAUGAUGUGAACAUCCUGGCCAUAGAAAACUGCCUCAUCAGCAAGCUUCCUUCACUUUUCACAUCAAGCAGUGUUGCUGAGAUGAGUGAUGAAAAGUUAUACCUGCUUGCGGCCGAAAAUGAGGCAUCAUCCGCCGAAAGAGAAUACCUAGAGCUGAAACAAGGGAUCCUGGAGAAAGGAUUGCAAGACCUCAAGAGCCUCUACAGACACAGAACUGUCCGCAGAGGCUAUAACGACUUAUUGUCACAAGACCCUGAGAAGAAGUCGGCCAUAACACGGAGCAAACCUGAAAAGGGGUCAUCCGUUACAGGUAGCCCAAGGGCAGCCUCUGAAAUAUUUGCUGAAGAAGUCCCUAUCAAUGGGGAACAACAACUUGAACUUCCACCAGACCAUAUUAAGUGGCCAGAUCAAGAUGGUAUGAAGGACUUCUGGCCACCUCCUGCAAUGAGGAAGUACGUCAAGGAUACCUUGGGUGAAGAACAUCGAUGGGGCAACUGA